AUGCCUACCUACAAAAAUUUGGAAGACUCGCCUGAGACUAUGAACAGAAUCGCCGAACAGUCUGAGCGCGAAGUGAACACUUACGAGGCCAAGACUGGCGCUAACAGGACCGCUCCUAGCGACGAGGCCGGCGUGGACACGAGAGUAGAGAAGAAGUUCCAAGGUGCCAACGUGCGCUACAACCCAGAGUUAUGUACCAACGCCAGCUGGAACAAGCGAAUCCCGCCCGAGGAAGGCGGAGUGUUAGAUGCUCGCGGGCGAGUAAGCCGCGGCGAACACUUCGAGGGCGAGGGCGGGCCAGAGGACAAGCUAGCGAUCGAGCAGCGGGAGUUCGGGGGCAACAACGAGUUCAACGUAUCGGGGUACCAACGGCGGGAGCGCGGGUGGGCAAGCCCGAAGGACCCGGUCCCGCGCAAAGUGGACGUGCAGCCCGACAAGUGGGACGAGGGUAAGGAGGCCAAGCUCGCUAACAUCGCGGACAAGAAGCCCGUCCCGAUCAAGGACCACGUCAAGGGCUCCGAGUACUACACGCCCGAGGACGUGCCGGGCAGCAUAGCGGCUGAAGGGUACGAACCGCCGGAGAGUGUGGUGCAGAGCUCCCGGGACGCGGAGAAGUAUAGGGAUGAAUGA